AUGAUGGGAGAAGUUGCAUCAAGUCAUUUGUGGUAACCAUCAUUUUUUAAUCAAAAUAAGGCAUUGUUUAAGACAAAAAGCCCCAAGCUUUUGUAUGCCAAUUUUUGUUUGUAUCUUCGUGUGUGUCCAACAGAUGUUUAGCACGAUUAUUGUAAAAAAUGAGAAAUAUUUUAAAAAUUGAUGGUUGAGGGAUACCAGUGAAUGAUUCUAGGUAACAGGCAUAUGCAAAAACUUAUGAGUUACUUUUAAGAAGUAAUAAGAAUGCAUCGACACUCCUAUUAAAGAUCUUAAUAAGAUUUUCGUUGAAAUUACUUUUCUCUAUUAUAACACAUAUUUGUUACUGAAAGGUGCGCAAAAUUAAUUAUUUUUGUUCCGCUUUCACAUGUUCUUUCAAAGAAAAAUGCAUAUUUGAAUUUUUUUGGUGACAUGCUUAAGGCCCAUCGGGUGUAAAAUACUUAAAUGUUACUUAAUUCACAUAUCCCUGCCAGCACCAUCCCAACACAGCCCGGUCCGGUCCAAUUUGGGUAAGUUAGGGUACGCUUGGCUGGGUUUAUCAACAACGUUGGGUCACGAUGUAGCAAGAGCUGGUGCGACCAAUUGGCCCAAUCAAAUAAUUAUAUCCAUUUUUCAAUUAGGUAUCUGGGACGCAGAUGAUAAACAAGGCCUUUUAUAUGAGUGGACUGAUGCGGAAUACUUAAAGGCAAAUUAAAUAAUUUCACAAUAUCAUAGCUUUUCUCUAACAUCGUUAUUUACAGAAACGAAACGUUUAGUCUAAGUGUCCCUGACAGCACCGUUUUGGCCCACUUUGGCUGAGUUGGGCUACAUGGUUGGGCCACGGUGUGGCAAGGGCGGAUGUGGCCCAAUUGGCCCAAUCUCCCAAAAAAGUGCGCAGGGUAGCUCGCCUUUUGACGCUUUUCUAUUUCUCGUAAUAAUACAGACAUUAAUAUCACAGACCAGAAAGGUGAUAGAUUACGAACCACAGUAUGGGAUGGGGUGAGACGAAGUUAAGAUGAACGACAACCAAUAACCGGUGUAAAUUCAGACAGGCCAUUAUGACGGGGUGUUCAGACAAAAAGAGCUACUUUAGAUACUUAAUCUUAUGUAGAUAGGUCAUAAUAUAGCUUAUCAAAGCGAGUAAAUGAAUACUUUGGAACAUGGGCUUGUUUCUGUAUUAAUCAGGUAUUGGGGCACGUGUUAGCAGGAAAGUGAUUGUCUCCCAAAACCCCGACAAACGCUUUUAUUUUACGUUGAUUGAUAAGCAGCACUGCAAUUUUCGCGAAUACUAGUAUGUUGAGAAGCCAGAGUACGAGCUAGACGCUCCUACACUUCAGGUGUUUAUCUGCUAGUAACAGUAAUGCAAAUGUUGGACAUUAACAAAAAUCAAAUAACUGACGUACGUUUUGAGCAGGCUGAAUAAGAGGAUAUUCAGCAAAUACAAAUAAUGCGUGGUCAAAUGUGUCCUACGAUUUUAAAAUGAAAUGAGCAGUGCAUCUCAGCUGAAGUUUUAUUCGUUUGGAUUAUCCUGAGUGCUACUUUGAAAGGCGCUCUGUUACUGAGAUGUGCAAUUUUUGAUAAAAUAGACCAGAGAAUUCCAUUUAGACUAGUACAAAAGUAUAAAUAAAAUUAAUAUUUCUUGUUUCUAAACAGAGUUCAUAGUCCUGGAACGUUUUAGUAGUUUCAAGGUAUUUACUCGUUUGUAUUAACGAAUAAAGCUGCGCAUUAUUACCGAUUACUUUAAGCAUGUCACUCACAAUUGAGUAAAAAUCAACUUAACAAAUACAUAAGUGAUGUCAAACUUCUAAACUCUUUGUUUCAUUAUCUGAAUGUAUAUUUGGACCAGACAAACACAGGAGUUUUCAGUUUUCGCAGUCGGAAAUUUUGUUAAACUGUUAGAUUAAUCAAAGCGGCAGCGGGUUCUAGUUAAACUACUCAAAUGGCACUCCGGAUCAGCACUUUUUAUUUUAUUGCUAAUGUAUAGUGGUUAAAUGUUUGAUAUUUAAUGUCUUCUACAAAACCUCCGAGUGUUUUUCUCUCUUUCGAGGUCGGACCUACUGAGAGAAGUUCAAAAUAAUGCCCUGUUUCAAAAUCAACAGUCGGGUUAUGGAAGUCCUGCAUUCAAUCUGAUUUUACUGGGGAAGCAAAAUUCAGGCAAGAACUCACUGAUUGCCAGACUCCAAAAUCUUGAGAAAACAAUUCACAGCAAUGGUCUUCACUACUAUUAUAUAGAUAUGAGAAAGCCGAACAGCGAAGGUAUCUUGAAUUUUUUCUGCAAGUAAAUUGUUGUUUUCUUUCUCAAGUUUUAUUCAAUUUUUUUAUUUUUCAGUUAGAGAAUUAAAGUUUUUUGCUGUCUUCAGAACCAAUGAAAGUUGGCGCCUGGUGUUUGGACACCGAUGUCAACAUGAAUCUGCAUCUCCGGUUUGCCUUGAAUAAGAACACCAUUUGGAGUAGUCUCAUCGUAAUAUGCGUUAGUAUGGCUGAGUUGUGGAAGGCUGAGGAUAGCAUCUCGGAUAUUGUACAACAACUGCACAGCCAUUUGGAUUAUCUUGACUUGGAUGAAGAAGAAAUGACCGAGCUGCAAGAAAGUCGUAAGCAUCUGCUUUUACUCCGAUUGAACUGUUAAUUUACUGUUUACCACAUAAAACUCUAAUAAUAUCUUACCGAAAUGCAAAAAAUGUGUUGCAUGCCCAAAGUUCGCUAGAUCGAUGUCAACAAAUAAUUUGUUAAUUUUGGGUGGUGUUGAUAAGGAGCGCAGUUGUGUAAAGCCUAAAUAUCAAAAUAUGGACGUUUUUAAUCAGAAGAGCAAAUUAGACUGACAUGUUUGCGCAUUUUACUUUUUCACUCAAGUCCAGCGUCAGUUUCAGUUGUACGUCGAACCCACUCGCCAAACGAACGACCCCAACAGUGAAACGGUGAAGACCAGCGGUAACCUGGAGCUUCUUCAUCGAAUGAGCACUGCAGUGCAUUCCAGCGGGAUGCCUGUCAACAGUCUUCAUCCGGCUGACGUCUUGGGCACCGCCAACGAUACUGUGCUUGUGCCGAUACCGGAAGGCAUUUUCAAGGAGAAACUCGCUGUACCAGUGAUCAUUCUAGUCACAAAAGUUAGUUUUUGUCAAUGAAGUAUGUUUUAGUAAUCACAAAAUUGUACAAAAGUAUUUUGUGACUUUAAACAACGCUACAGCUAAAUACCAGUUGGGCGGCGGAGUCCCUUUUAGAAAGUGGUUUUUAUUUACAGGCCAGAAGUCAGAUAUUGCCUUUUAUUUUUUGCAGUGUUACGAAUAACAUGCAAACACUGUCUCUCCCCAAGACGGCGAUUUGAUAUCAAGCCAACUUGUGCCCAUUUGAUAACGUUAUUUUCCAUCCUAUACCCAGUGCAAGUCAGUUUGUUUAUUCCUGCUCGUACUCGGGGACUGACACACUGGUUUGGUUUGAUUGAGACUGAUGUUUGAUGCGGUUGUUUGGUCCUCAAAAUGAUUUCAAGUCCCAUAGCGUCCCACACACAUUCGAGUCAAAUGCACUGAUUGUUUAGUAGUCAUUAAGAAGACCCGUCGGUGACAUUCUGGAAAUGACUCAUUUUUAAUGAACAAAUUUGGCAAAACGCAUUAAGUUAUCCCAUGAUUUGACAGUCCUCCUGUCCAAGGUAUUUCAGAAAUCAAUCAGACUAAUUACACUUUAGAAGAACUCCCUAGAUUAGGUAGGACUAAAUGAAACCGGCUGAAUUACUGGCUGACCAAACACUCCCUUUGUUCUUUCAUGUCCUACCCACACUAAGCGUGGCAAAACCGCCUAUUUUUUGACCCAGGUCAACAUGCACCUCUUAAAGUAGAAUUAAAGUAUGGCCACAGAAAAGACCUACAGGAUCGAUUACGUUCCAAGUGAGAAGGCCAGACUAAGCUAGCGAAUCCGAAGGAUCGACCCGGCACCUUUUGAGCACUUACAGUGAUGCGCGUGCAAGCGACACGAACUUAGUAAUGAAAAUUGGAUUCAAAUAGAACAUCUCAGUUCAGAUAUAAUUCAGCAUCGUUGAUUCAUUUUACCAGCUGACGGCUGUCAAAACCACAAUAUUUAUGAUGCUCACACCCGUCAGAAACGUAUUAAAUUUUUUCUAAGAUGAAAAUCUUAAAAAGAAUUAUCUUCUAACAGGAAGCAAUUAUUAUGCGUUUCGUCCCCCUCUUUCAUUUGCGCUAUUCCUUCCACUGACAGACAAAAAUUCAAGUAAAUUGCGUGUCUCCUCGCCCAGUGAUGGUUACUGGAACGUGCACUUGAUUAGAACCUCAUCAGAUCUGAAUUUGUUGCGGUCUACGAUUUAGUCAAGACGGCUGGACACAGGAGCUGACCACCACAGAAUCGUCACCCGGUUUCAAAUAGUAGGUUUGCGGGACAAGCGGUCGACGUCUAAGUCAAAUUUUGAUGGCUUUACGGUGGCCGUAAUGCAUAGAGACACAUCUUAUAUGUUUAACAUUCAGCAGCGCUCGUGAAUACAAUGACAGGCCCUGGUGUGCCAUUUCUGUCAUCGGCGACACUGUCGCCAUUUCCAUCUCUUUUAAUGCCCCAUUAUUUUUCCAAGCUAGCGGCAUGGAGCUGCGAAUGAUGAUGAUGAUGAAGAGGAGGAGGAGAAGGUUGAGGAGAAAGAGGUGGAUGAUGAUGAUGAUGAUGAUGAUGAUGAUGUGAUAAUUACAACGAUGAACAAGACCUUUGUCCCAUAGAUUGUGUCUCCUUCUUCACAACUGCUUCCUGGGACACGUCUUUUUGCUUCUAUUGGCGAUGAGCUGGCUCUUUGUAAUUGAAAACACGUACAUUAAAAACAAAAGGACUUUCUUUCUUCUCCCAUAGGCGGAUGUCAUAAAAACACUGGAGCAGGAAGCUGGGUUCACGGACGAUACCUUCGACGUUCUACAGUGGCGCCUACGAGCAAAGGCCCUUGAAUGUAUCCUUUUUUAUUGGUGCAAAAAUGUGUCAUUGAGACACACAGGUUUUAAUCCCCAAAGUGGUACCAACUUCGUUUGGCAAUCAGAAAUCUCAGUGGGAUCCAUGAGCCAGAAAAUUUACACUUUGUGAUAAGGAUGCAGAUAUCAUGUAUUGUCGGAGUACAUUUGCAAGCCACGAGGUAUGAUAGCGUUGAACGCAGUCUCGAGAUUUUAUAAGAAGAAGAAGGAGAUAUGACAUCAGCACUGUAGAUCGUCAGCAAGGGAACAUUGAAAUGUCCAGAAAGAGUACUACUCGAGUAACUGCCGCGACCGUUGCGAAAUCCUCCACUCGUACUCCCUACAAUAUCAUAUCAGUUAUAUAAACAAGGAAACGGAUCCACAAGUCAAUAUCUGCGACAACAGAGGGUCGGCUUUGUCAGAUAGAUCAGAUUUACCGUGUUGAAGUUUUGUAGUCGUAGAGAGCCAAGAGUUUUCUACAGUGACACACCACUAAAAAAAAUCAUAGGAGGACCUUCAGUAUGCGUGAACAUGAUGUCAUCUGAAAGAUUAAUUGAGGUCUGAUGCUCAGAAGCGUAUGAAACCAGCGGUCACGUCACAUUCAUAUGUGGCUUUGAAUACUCGAACGCUUAUUAUUGGACAAAGUUUCAGCUAUGACAGCAGUUAACGCCAGAAAUUUGCGAUUUAUUUAUCUACGUAGCUGUCGAUCGUCGUCUAACUAAAAAGCACAGCAAACCAGUUUUAGAUUCUGGGUUCGCUGGAGGUCGGAUUUAGGAUUAUCCCCGGCAGCAAUAAAAACCUAAGAAUUCAGAAUUUCCCAACCUUUGGUAUAUCUACAAGUAAUGCGUGUUUCCAUACCCCUAAGUUAAGGUAGAUUGCUAACCACAUGACAGUUUGACUGUUGUUGCCCGAGCUUCUCCCAUCAAAAUUAUCCUUAUCUGGCCAAUUUCACUAGUGGGAGCCGCGUUAGCGUACAUUUCUGUGAAAGCGGAUACCAACUGCGAGCUCUUUACACGCUAUCUGCGGCAUCGCUUCUUCAAUACCAGCUUCCAUAGCCCGGCCCAGGUUCUGGAGCAUGAAACACUCUUUGUGUGAGUCUUGUCUUUACUUGAAACCCUGGCCUUUUAUUGAAACAACCCUCUACAAGAUAUAUCGGUAUUUCCUCCUGGAUUAAAGCACCCACGGUAUGAGCUGGACCUCCAGUAGGCCUUAAGUAAAAUCUUCGAGUGGUUUUUAAAGUAGGAAACACUAACUGUGCAAGACUGCAGUAGAGAUGGUUGUUCACUUAGCGGUGCUCUGGUCUUUUGACGCUCACUUCAUCCAUACGAUUACUCGUCACCAUUCCCUAUGUCGCUACUAGCGAGAACAAUAGACCAGAAACGCGCUAUGUGUAAGUCUUCCUUUUAAUUGAAACUUCGCCUUCUUAUCGAAAUAGCCCUCCAUGACAUACAUGUUUACUCCUUCCUGGAUAAGGACUCUCACGGUACGAGAUAGACCUUAUUAGGAUUUGAAUAAAAUCAAUAAGGGACUUUUGAAGCAUAGAAUGCUAACGCGUGUGGCCUCCGGAUGACCGGCUCUUCAGCUAUCUAGUUACUGACUACUUCUCAUUAUGCCGCGGCUUGUAAAAACAAUUGACCAAAGACAAACGACAAAACGGCAUGUUCCUAGUAUAUCCGAGGCGCCUCGAAAUAACUGCAUUUCAGAUGCAUAACCUCCGUUUGUACGCACCCAAUAAAUAGGAAAGAAAUUACUACCACGGAAAAAUAUGAUUGGCUUAAAUGCAACAAAACAAUUAGAUGAAGGUUGCGAAUUUCCCAGGUAAGCGGGCCGUCGUAAGCACUAGAUGUUUCACACUUCAGGGUUAGGUACGACUGCCUGACGACGGCUAAUAAACCAGAAGUGGCCAUUCCAAUAUCACCUGCGGAAAGAAAUUAUCUGUCUGAGGCGCCUUGAAACAACUGCAUUUCAGAUGCACAACCUCGGUUUGUACCCACAAAAUCAAUAGGAAAGAAAUUACUACCGCUGAAAAAAUAUGAUGAGUUCAAAUGGAACAAAGCAAUUAGGCGAAGGUUGCAAAUUUGCCAGGUAGGUUAGCUGUCGUAAGCACUAGGUGUUCCACACGUCAGGGUUAGGCAUGACUGACUGACGACGGCUAAUAAGCCAGAAAUGGCCAUUCCAGUCUCCAUUUUCUUUGUUGGUAAUAACAUCCUGCGCCUGAGAUUCUCAAAGAAGGAGAUAAUACGAUGUCUAUCCCUUCAAAGUAGUUUAAUUUGACGCAAUGUCUGAUCGGAUGUGUUCUAGUUUCCUUCACACUCUCGGUCACUGAUGGUGCUCUCACAUUUUCAGCUCAUCCUAACAAGUUCUCCUUUGCUAGAAUGUCCUAGUCGAGAGCACUUGAACGGGUCUCAUUACGAUAACAUCGUCCAGUUGAACGAUAGCUCGCGAUCAUGUUUGGAAUAUAUGGCCGGUUGUUAAUUUAAUCGCUUCUUCCCAUCGUUUUUUUCGUUUUCCAACCACACUUCACAACCUCCGUGUAUCCCCUUCUGACGGGCGUUUCAGUCCGGCGGGUUGGGAUAACCAUAUGCGACUGAACACCCUGCGAAGCAGCAUCAACGACCAGAUCAUGCUGGAGGCCGAGAAACUCAUCUCCUCCCCACCUCCGAGGGAUUUGCGAAUGGUCCUGGCAUGCGCGGGAGCUGGUAGGUUUAUUUCCCAUCGCCAAACAUUCCAGCAUUUUAAAUAGUUGCCCCGUAUGCCCGCAGCGAAACUUUUGCGAGGUUUGGUUCUGCCGCCUCGCCUGAGUGAUACCACCUGCUAAGUUUACUAAAACAAUUUCAGUUAACAUGCCUAACCAAGCUACAGUCUGGAUUAGGAAGGGAAAGAGAGCGCAAACAGAACUCGAAGCACGCACAGGGAAGCGAGUAAACGUUGCAUUUAGACAAUCCCCCCCGACAAAGCCGCUAGCUGGACUGAACAGAUAUGGAGGGCGCAAUCAAAUCUAGAAGGCCACGGAGGGAACUGCGUGGUAAUUCGUAGUGCACAGCUACUGAAGUGGAACUAAUGGAGUUCCAACUCGUCCGAAAAAUGCCAUUAGCAAGCCUACUUAGACACUUGCUGGUUUGGGAUAGUAAAGAGGACGCAAUCAUUGCCCGAAGCGCGCGCAACCAAGCGCGUGUGAACUACUACCUUAAAGUUAACAAGGCUGGCGUAUAAACACUCCUCUCCCCCCUGACACAGUCACUCGUUGGAUUAAAAUUGUAGGACAGAUGCCAAUACGUGAUAUUUGUAGAGUCCGUGUAUUCGCAUCCAGUAAAAGCUUUUAGCGAAGCUGACCAUAUGGUAUCAGAACCAAACCUCGUCGAAUCUCUAGGGUGCCUUUUGAAGACCUGAACGCGUUUUCGUGUCGAUGGCUUCACACAGUGAGUGAACCAACCUGCCCCACUGAAGGCCGUACUGGAAUAUCGAUGCAGUCACCUCAGAAAAGGCAGUAUACGUCAGAAUACUUCAGCCUGCAGGAAAAAGGGUGAUUUUGGAGCGCGAAGUGGAAAGCGUGGCCAGGCCGCGGAAAGUUAUUGAUUAUUUGUGAUUGUUUGUAAAGCGCAACUACUUGUCGUUGCAUGGUAGCGAGUCACGACCCAGGUCACGGCAGACAUGUCCCCCCCCCAAGUAAAGAACAAAUAUCAUCAACGCUAGGCGUUACGGUUCUGGUGUGACUCGCCUCAAGCAUUUUCCAGCUUUUCGGGUGCAUUUAUUUUGAAAUUAUCUAGCGAACUCAGGAGGUAAUCUUCGCGCAGGUUAUUAGAGUCAACUGCGAAGUUUGUGUUGACUUUGAAACCGCAAACUAGCAACUUCAACAUAGUUUUCAUACGCGAAAUCCAUCAUACGAUAUCAUACUCGUUGAAGAAAGAGUCACAAUGCCGAAGACCUAGCAGUAACGUUUACUAAGAACGUAGGCCCAUUUUUCAUCACUUCCUCUCGUUAUCAUAAAUAAACCGCGAGAACUCCGCCCACCUGUUGUCCCCGAAAUCUCGCACGUGGUUUGCGAUAUAAUUCCACUUGCAAAGGAACACGUGCCAAUCUUAGUAGACUUCAUUGGAACGAGUCUUCGUAAGGGAACAUUCGAAGUUCUGUUGACAUUGAAAAAAAACCCAAGUGGAUGACGUCAACCUUUUACCUUUUUAAGAAGCUGAUUGUUGAACAUCCAGCCGAUUAGUUGUUCAUUGGGAGAACAGAUUGUAUCCUUGUAAUAGACGAAUGGCUCCAAACAAAGAAUGGACACACCAUGGCCCCAUGCUUUGCUGUCGACCCAUCAGGGUACGGAGUAUUUCAGUGUAUCUUCUACUGAACGAAACAAAUUUCGUGCACAUCAACUAUUUUUUCACAUUUAACUCAUCGACUUCGUUGCUGCAUACGCACCUUAUUGGCAGUGCUUUUUCGAAUCAAAAAGAUAUGUAACUAAGAAAAACCAACAGUCUGGAUCACAACGAGACAGAUAAUGGAAGGUUUUUCUUAACUGUUCACUGUGGAUUGUUACCCACUAACUAGAGACAAGACAAUAGCAACUGACCACCUACUAUAUCAAGUUGGAGAAUCUCUCCGAACUGUGCUAUUAGUUGGAAAAGGAGCAGUCUACCUUGUGACCAAGGAAUUGUCAGGCUCCUUGUAGUCAACUGUAAACAAGUCGGGUCGGGCGCAUAUUUGCGGACGGUUAGAUGUUACACCAUGGUCAGGACAUUUCCGGCAACGUUUCUAUAAUGAUUUACUAACAAUUUUCCAUUUCUUUCACAUAAUGAUGCUUAACCCUAGGAUGCGCAUGCGAGCUCUCCAUGACGUGGCAUAUCUGGGACUUAACACCGUUAAAUCUGAGCCUCUCGACAAACGAUCACAAUUCUACUAAUACCCCCCCCACCAUUUUCUCCGAAAAAGCUAGCUAAAUGACCAGACACAUAGUGAUAUUAUCUCAGGGCAACUUUUGACUUCCUAGAAACGGGACGUUUACCAGUAAACUUUUUUCCCAGGAAGGUUGGAGUGAUAAGAUUGGUUCCUGACCUUAUAAACGUACUGAUUAUAGCCAUGAGUAAAAAGCAUUAACGGUGCCUGUUCCUCUUCCUGCAACAACGGAAGGUCUGUCUGUUAUGCGGGCUACGGACUUCAUGCUGGGAGACAGUCCUCUCGGAGUCAGCAGUUCUGAGCCGGAGAUAGUAGCCGAGGAAGAGCAGAUUUUUCUCACAAAGUUAUACAACCAACAACAGCAACAACAGAUGACCUCCGGACCUAAAGGCAGUCAAGCAUCAGAGACCACGGGAAGGCCCAUGGUAAGUCUCCUAGUGUUUUAAAGGCCUCGGUGCCGCUGCUUUCUAAAAUAACUGCCUGGAGAUGAGACAGCAUACCGAUCACGCACUAGAAAUGCUCAUUUAUUCGUCUAGGCUUUUGAAAUUGUACAAAAAACCACCGUAAGGAAAUAAUGCGAAAAAGAAAAUGAGUCGGCUUGUUGGCAGUUUGCUACUAAUUAGCUGCUUGGAAUGUUCAUAUGAAGAUAACUACGUAUAGCUCCGUAUGCAGGGGGGAGGUCAGUAUGACCUUAGAUAGAAUUCUCAUCAAAGGUAUGAUCCACCUACAGGGUAUGAGAAGACGUUUUCAGGUUUUUUUGCCCACCGUUUUAUUUCAGCUCGGAGAGAGUCUCAUCUUAUGAAAUAACUGCAAUGGAAACUACGAACUUUGUAAUAUUAAUCAAAUCCCCAUGCAAGCUUUGUCACGAAAACUACAAACAACCAGUGCUACAAGUAGCGGCCUUUCAUAUAUCAAUGGGUUUAUUUUAUGCCUUGAAUACGUGUCAGCUAAAAGCCCAGGCACGUGUUUCGUUGAUGUCACCUCAUAGAAGGGUUCGGCCUCUCAGUGGUCCCCUGACGAUGUCUAUGCGUUUUCUGAGAUACGGACUUCAGACAGUAAUUAAGCCAAUAAUCUUAAAAAUUAUUUACUACAGAACAUCGGGAGGUGCUCAAAUGCUGCGUGAAAUCGUUUAAUGAAAAGUGAAUCAUUAAAGACUACCUUACUGCCUUUUCAAUAAAAACGGUCAGCAGUCAUGAUCCCCGGAUGUUACAUGCCCCAAUGAACCUGAAUAAACCUCGAACGAGGGUAGCCAGGUAAAAGUCGGAAGCGUCAAACUAGACAACCGUACGUUUUCGCUUAUUUAUCCUCAGGAGUACGCUAAUGUUGGUUAAACUAGGCCAAAGAAGAUUGAAGUAAAAAAAACCUAAUGGACUAUUCUGAGGGAGGGAGAGGGUUGAGAUUGUCUAGACAGCGAGGAGAAAUUAUGGGUCACUUCUGUCACAGCAGAAGGAAGGAGUGUAUCGGAGAGUUGUGUCGUGUUUCGUCGCUGCGAUUUCGGCGUUGGAUUUUGCAGGCAAUAACGUGUUAGUUCGAUCUUUGGACAGGGCGACAGGAGAACUUAAGCUAAGUUUUCUAAAAGCUCAGCUUAAGUCAUAAUUCGUUUUGAAGCAUGACUUAAUACGCCUAAAUAUAUUCACAAGGAAAAGGAGUUCAGAACUCUGUCCUUAAUUUAAAUCUCUCGCUGGGGUUCACGACAAGAUACGAAAUUCAUUAUUCAGAUGUGUUGUCAGUUUAAGCAAGCCGGUUGAAAGAAACGUUUGGCGACGAACCUGCACGUGGUUCAAAUGGUAAGCCUUUCAAAUAAGUGUUUGUGUAGGGGUUUGCUGAUAAAGGCAGGCGAUGCGAAAAUGAAAGUUGUAGUCUUUUAUAGCCUUACUGAUUAUACUCCUCAGCUCGUGGGCAAAUAUCCAUCAAUCACCGUCGAGGUUGGUGUUUAUCCGCUUUCUUCCCUCGUCGUGAUCUUCAUUAACUAACUAUGUCUAACUGAGGGCAUACCAGCGACGGGGGUUUGGCGUAGAUCUGCAUCUUUACUUGAAGCCUAACCAGUGUAAUAGGUUCGAUAACACUUCCGUGAAGAUCUACUCCAACUAUCUAUGGCGGGUGGUACCUCAAUGUGAUAGAUGUCAAUGAUCUAAUGAAUUAGGACCAUUUAAACGCACUUACAUCUCCCUUAAGAGUACAGUCACCCCUUUUGCUGAAAAAGAACCGUUUGUCAUUUAUAUACAUGAUGUUUCAAGCCCACCGGCCGGCGGCCUGCUCAUGGAACCUCCGGUACAUCCGCAAAGACGCCCAACAAGGAGGCCGUUCUCACUAACUUCUUCUGCUCCCUACUGACGAAACAAUCUGGUUCCGAAAGGCCGCGAAGCAAGAGCCCCCUGAGUGGAUCCACUUCCCCUGCGGCACCGACUCCCUCAAGGGCAUCUCCACUGGGUGAGCAUCUUCCCCAUCUCUGAUCACAGCUACAUUUUGUAGGCAAAACUGGUAGAGGACUCACAGUUGCUAAGGAACGUUGACAAUCUCACUGGCGGUGACAAAGGAAACCGCACCGGAAUUCUCUGAUGGCUAAGUGCACUUUCCAUUAGUCAUGGGGUCUUAGAGUUGGAUCAUGGGUUUAUGUUCUCUAGUCUGAUAAUCAGAGUCCUACGAGUCACUUGACUUGCUUGAACGCCACCCCAUGCGAAGGAAGCAGACCUGGGCGAUACAGUAGAAGUGAACGCCGUAUUUGAUUCUGAUAUCAGGUCAAAGGGAUAAAUGCUCCCUAUUGCAGUCUUCUUUUAUUUCAGUAUUCCUUUGCGGCCAGACUGAAAAAGUUCUGGCUUAAAGGCAACCAGAAUAUUUGGUGAGAAGUAAGCAGACAUUAUCUUCAUCACUUUGGUCAAGUUCAUCAUCUCUGCUGUCAACGGAAGUGGCUAUUCACAUCAGCAUAAUUCUUACUUGGAUUACCAUCAUGUUUCAACGAAAAGUGUUGUCUACGCAUUCAAUGAAUGAUGAAAGGUUGGCCCGGCACGGCUUAUUUUUCGUCAUCGACAACUGUUACACCAACGCAAGGCUGUAUGGUCGCAUUCUAAAAUCUAGUUCGUCGAUGAUUGAGUAACAUUCGCACAACUGCGCUGACGGGAUCAGGACAAGAUCCAAAAUUUUCAGUCAUAUAGGGAGAAGGGAGAGAGGUGGGGGCCGGCAUCGAUUUAUCCAAGUCACAUAACCGACAUGGGCGUUUCCGCUUUGGCUCGAAGUCGAAAUUCUAAAGGCCCUCUGUUCCAUUGUCGAGCGGAGACGCCCAUUUCUGACGGGCAGUCGGGAUUAGAUGAAUGUGCGCCAAUCCCACAUAUCCCUAAUUAAUAUCACCGUUCUGUUCUCCUGCUUUUGCAAGCUUCCUUACUGAGGUGCGUUUAAUCGCAGAAAAUGCGGAACGGCGUACAUGUAUUCGGUGGCUUGUAUUUAACAACAAAUAAUCCAUUAGAUCAGGAUUCCCGACUGAAAAGUACUCAACUUCGGUGGACACUUAGCAGUCCUUCAAAUAUGCUGAACUAAAAUCCUGGACGAGCCGCCAUUAGCAACUGCGUAAAUUCGAAAAAUAUUAGACUCAGAAAAGUGUAUUAAGUCGUUUUUGCACGGCGCGAUCGCUCAAAAGGAAAUUGCGGUAGCCUGCAGAACACUGACACAAGAACGGAAGGAAUGGGAGGGGGUAGACUGCGUAUUCUAGGUGGGGGUCGCGCACUCGACUCACAGUCAUCCAACUUGUAUAAAUGUUAUUAAAAAAUCUCUCACCGGAACGGACUGUUUCUCUGAUUUCGGACAUCGGUCAAUCAGUUAUGCUUUUUGCUGAAUUUCAUAAUAAAGACUUUGUGGACGAGAAUGCUCACGUAAUGCCUAUUUUUUGCCUUCCUACAAAAAGGAGACAUGUAGAUUGCUCAAAACGUUUUAAAUCUCGCAUUUAGACAAGUUGAUACCUUUACUUCAUCAUCGGCAGCUAAAAUAGUUCACCUUCCAAGAAACCGUAAGCAAAAGCGAUUUCUUCUAGUUCCUUUAAGGUUUUUAUUUAAGUGGGGCAACUUUAACCAAUCACAACGAGGCCUCUUAGGAGAAACGUACCACAAAAUUCGAACGUACUUUGCAAUGGAAGUCUGUGGUUUUAUGUCUUUAAAUAUUUUUUCGUUAUCGCUUUUUAAUUUUCUCAGAAAUUGACUACGAAAUUGGAGUAGAUCAGUUUAUUCAAGGUCACAGGCUCAGACCGAGAAUAUUAUGCAUGAAUAUUUGGGCCGAAGUCCAUCAGCCACAGCGGGUAACCGCGUACUAUUCAUUAACUGCAGACAAGCAGCUAGUAGUAUACUUUAGGGUAAAAUGAUACCAUACUAACAGCAUAGGUACUAGCCAAAAGCUCAUACACGCGUGGUUCGCCGAUAUUCUGCCACUGCAUGGCGCAGCUGCAAGGGGUUCGGCUCGUCUAGACUUAUAGGCCUUGAAUAAACUGAUCCAUUUCAAGUUCGCAGAUAAUUUCUGAGGAAAUUAAAGAGCGACAACUUCUAAAUUGGAGUUUCUACCAGAAAACAGAGAAAGAAUGCUGUGGGACCGACUGACGAGCCGUUCUGUAGGGCACACGGUGGAACAAGUUGAUCGCGACAAUCAAAGUAUCGCCCGCGUUGUGUGAAUUACCACCUUUCCAAGGGACUCGCAGUAACUUGGACGCAAAAUAGUCUAUGUUCAGUAAUACGUUUGGUUGAAGAAUAUGUUGGAGCGGAAUACGCAGACUACAUGCGCGGCAGCCCUUAUGUGUCUACGAAAUAGGUUGCCUUCCGACUUUCAGGGACUUCUUAAUCGCUGCAAGGAUUGCAUUAGAAAGGGAAACUUCAUGUCUUGCCAGUUUUCCAAACGUCCGAAUAGUGCCAACCUUGUCAGAUACUUUUCACGGUGUUCGUGUGGGAUGGGAUGUACGCCACAUCUACGAAAUGCCAGUUUCACUCGCUGAUCUUUCUCCUAUAGCAUCUCAGUAGUUGACGUUUCGCAAGUAAUCGCUGUAGCGCAGGACACGCUUCUGAGUGACCCCGCAAUACAGUGAUCCGCUUUUCAUAGUCUGUCUCUUACUCUCCUUGUGUCAUCAAUCGUGUGUUUUCCGAAAAACCAAUAGGAUAUAGGUCUGGCCGUAUAUCUGUUACACUGGGUAUCGUUAGUUUUAAACCCUGUAGCGAGGAAGCAGCAGUGAGUGCUACCAGUACGUGACGGUGGUCUCAAGGACAACUAGUGGAACAUUAGGCGUAGUACAGAGUGACCAACGAUUCCAAGACAGGGGUUAAUUGGAUAAUGUCAGACGAAGACACCCAAUUCACGCACAUCCAGUUAAGUCCCUCUUACUGUAUCGGCAGCAUUUAUCGAUCGCUGGUUAUUCCUGGCUUUGCCAUAGCAGGCCUUGUGGUUUCUCAACGGAACUAGCAUCGGCGUUUGAUUCCUCUCCAAACCGCAAGAGGUCGCCAAUACAAGGCCGCGGUAGUGCUGGUCCACUGUCUUAAGUGGUUGUUUAGUCCCUAACCUAAUUGUACCUCCUUUAUCCAGAAAAUUGAUUAAUACUCCGCGUAUUUCGCAUUGUGCUCUCACUACCUUGUCAUUUCAGGGCGUGUGACCUUAGGAGGUUAGCGACGAUGUCUAUAAUGUGGUCGUCAACUCUGUCAGAAUUUGUCCUCAAAUAAAAUGAUUUAAGAGUGGGGAAGGUACAUGUUCUCAUCAAAAAUGGCAGAUUGCGCACGUUACUAGCAUGUAAGGGGGUGGUGGGACACUGGGAUUGUACCAGGCCAAACUACUGAAAUGGAGUUUAUGGCGUAUUCAGUAGAAUGGUAAUAUCCACUACGUGUAUUCAGCAACUUAAAAAUGCAACAGCACUUCGUGCAUUGGCUUCAAAGCAAACCACCUGCAAGAGUCGUUCGUGCAAGUGUACGCUAGGUGACCGUAUCAGGACCGUAUCAGGCAUAGGUAAUCCGAGAAAACACCACCCUCAGCGCUUGGAAAAUCACCCAUUUUUUUCAAGAAAUAGCAGUAAAAUUAAGGACAUCGUACGGCUUUUUCCAACAGCUUUCCAACGAUUCCCGCGGGAGAAGGUUGUGAGGCUGUCGAACUCGAUUCUCGUUUCCCGAAGGAGGAACAAGAUAAGAAAAACAGGAUGGCAACUCAGGAUUUUAUUUCAAUGUGUCAGAACCUAUCAAGAAAACAGUAUGUCGUCUGGGGGGAGGGAGCACAUGGUUAUCAGGAGAAAAAUGUGCAUAGGGCCAUGCCAAUAGCGGAGAUAUUAAAUUAUGAUCUCUAGACAACUUCCUGUGGUCAUGUGUUGGGCGGGACCUCUGCAGACCAGCAGAUGAAUUCUCAGUAGGCACCGUGGUUGAGAAGCAGUCUUAUUCAUCCCCCGCCAUUGACCAGUUUUAAGCGAAACGUUAAUUGCGCAUUCCGAAACCUCCCUAUAUAAAUUUUAUACAGAUUGAAUGUUUGUAAAUGGAUGCGCAUUUCAAAGAAAAACAAUUUCGAGGAGGGAAAAUGAGGCCAACAUUUAAAAAAUACGGCCUUUCGCAUGCUAAAUGUAUUUUCGUGAGAGAAACAGUUUGAAAGCGUGGGGUUUUUAUAUCUGACAAGGAGUUUCUACUCUGGAAGGAGCAUCCACAAAGAUAAAUGGAACCGAAAUCUCCAUUCUCGACCAAUUAGACGUUGUCAGUCAGCUACGCUUAACCUCAGAUUUUGGGGCACGGUGGAUUCGUACCUGGGAUUUUUAGUCAUUGAUUCGAAUGCUCUGUCACUUUGCCUUAGGUCCAUUGUCCCGUGCGUUGCCCCAGAGUUUUCUUACGGUUAAGCUGUGCUCUAUUUUAACUUUCCAAACUAUUAUUUUUUGUGAUAAUUUCAUUCCUACUUAAUACGACUCAACCGUAAUCAUUAGACCCAUUAGUCGUAACACCGUUACUGUCUUCAAACAAUUUAAGUCUUUUUCUUUCGGCAGGAACAAGACUGAUUAUAUGGAAGGAUUAUACGCGAAAAGAUUUUGAGGGCAGGUGUUUAGUUAUUUGGGUUAGGGUUGAGAGCUAUGCUGGAACAACUAACAUUUCUAUGCUUCUGGUUAUAUUUCAAAAAAAUGGAGUUCAAUAAAGCGUGAAUGCGAUGGCGCUUAGGCUACCAUAUUUUGACCCGCCCUCCAACAACUUCCAUAACGUCUUUUAGAUAAAAAUGAGCAAUUUUUUCAAAAGUCCAAAAUCGCAAUUCUCCACAAAGAGUUUAUUUGGAGCCUCAAAAAAAACUGUGAAGAUCUGCAGUUGUCAGGAGUUUUGAAAGGCAGUUUAGAGGGCGUUUUCAUGCCUUCGGCGUCAUUAAGUCCUUUGCGACGCCUUGCCGCACACUCCGCCUCUAAUAAGUGGAAAUUCUUUAGACUCAGAGGAGGCCAUCCAUUUCGACAUUGCCCUUCGGCUUAACCUAAUAACAACAUAAGUGUCCUAUCUGAAACCCACGAAAUAUAUCUUGCAUGUUUAAUGAGUGGCCUUAAGGACCGUGAGCGUCGGAUAUGCCAUGAACAGUAAACCAUGGCCAUCACAGUCUGGUGUGCGCCGGCAGUUCUGUGGCACCUCGUUCACUGUCGGCGUAUACGUCCGCGUCCCCUCUGGGUAUGCAGAUCGUCUGCAUGGUUGCCCAGUCAUCCUCCUCAUUCUGACUCGUUUCUUAUGUUGUUAGUUGAAAUCCUGGCCAAGUGUUUGUUAGCUAUAAACCAUGGUGUGUGGUGGUGCGCCCGGGUGCGGGUCCGGUCUAGCCAGCCAUCUGCGCCCUCUCCCGCCUCCGGUGUUCUUGAUUCUGUCUUGACACUGGGGGAGGGGGUGCAGCAGAUGCUGCGCAAGUCUACUUUCACUAUAAACUAAAUCACGCUCAAGUGACCGUGUCUGUUGCACCUUGCUGUCGAGGACAUUGUGGACAUCGUGGGCCACGACGAUCGAACUUUCAUGAUAUGAGUAAGUCUGAAAGCAAAGCAUUAGCGUCGUAGUACACAUGUGAGACUACCAUGCCCACCGUUUUACAUUAACCCGACGGUGCGUGUUCGAAGGAGCUCCAUGCAUCAUUUACUACCUAUUUACUUAUCCAUCUUGACUGCUAACCUCUCAGAUAACCAACUUAAUUGUUAGACUGUCCAGAUUGGUUGAAACAGUUAUUUGUGCUACAAGUUCACCAGAUGUUUAAAUUUUUAAAAAGAUCGUUUUUCUGAACACCGGUGCAGCCAAUAAAAUUGGAAGGGCCGGUAAGAAAUGUUUUUUAUGUGAGCAUCAAAGUCAGGGAGCAAUACGAAUUUCGGCAAUCAAUUUUUUCUAAUUUUACUUUUACUUCACGGAAAUGUGAACCCCUCGGUAUUAUAGGUAACGCGGUUCUAUAUCCCAGGGUCAGCGUUGGAGGGGGAGGCGUGCAGCAGAUGCUGCGCAAGUCUUUUAUCACUAUAAACUAAUUCUUGCUCAAGUCACCGUGUCUGUUGCACAUUGAUGGGCAUCGUGGGACAAGACGGUCCAACUUUCGUGAUAUGAGUAAGUCUAAAAAGCAAAGCAUUAGCGCCGUAGUACACAUGCGAGACUACCAUGCCAGCGGUUUUGUAUUAACCCGAUGGUACAAGUUUGAAGGAACUCCCUGCAUAAUUUGCUACUUAUCUGCUAUUUAUCCAUCUUGACUGCUAGCCUCUCAGAUAACCAAUGAAGUUGUUAGACUGCCCCGAUUGGCUGAAACAGUUAUUCGUGCAAUAAAUUCACCAGAUGUUUAAAUUGUAAAAAGUCAUUCUUUCUGACCACCUGUGCAGCCAAUAGAUUUGAAAGGAGCCGGUAAGAAAUGUUUUUAUGUGAGCAUCAAAGUCAGGUAGCAAUAUGAACUUCGCCACUCAAUUUGUUUCCAAUUUCAUUUCUAUUUUCAGUAGACCGAGCACGGAAAUGUGAACCCCUCGGUAUUACAGGUAACGCGGUUCUAAAUCCCAAGGUCAGCAUUAGGGGAAUCAAGAUGAGAGUUAGGCCUAGUGGGUCGGGUUGGUUAAGGAUUAGAGUUAACGCUAGUUUAUAGUAGUAAUUGUAACCCCCGUGAAAUUCGUAACGAAGCCAGCUGUAGCGUAGGAUGGCCCAAAUUUCCACGUCCGACCCAUCGGCACCAUUCGAAAGCAUGAUAGCUGUUUUACUACUUUUUUUAAAAGGGGACUGAUCUUAUGAGGAUUUUGGUCUAAUUUAAUUAUUUGCGAAAACGUUUCAGGCAAGAGGAUGCUUUUUGACCGAGGUUACUUACUCCGGUGAGGAAUACUGCUAAAAGAAAAUGAUGGGCGACAUUUAUUUGUACGCGAUAGAAAAAGAAAUAAAAAGACCUCGCGGUGGCUGUUGUGGUCAAGACGCUUUAAGGUAGUCAUCGGAGUAAAAAUACGGCUAUGUAAUAUCUUUUUUCAAUGUCUGUAAACGGGCAUUAAAUGCAGUUUCUACUAUUAUUAAAUGGUAGAAAUAGUGUUCCCUUUAAAUUGGUAACAAUAUGGAGGAUCAAACUUUGCGACACGUUGAUGUAAUUAGAUGUUCAUCUGUUUUGCCCCCCAGAAUAUGUGACCCCGACCAUUCCCCUGCCCUUUUCAAUUUUAUCAGUAUAUUUUUAAUGGGGGCGGCGCGUAUAAAGACCCCCUUUCACAUGUGAAAGUUGCUUUGCAUUAACAAAUGUGAUUAGUGGUGUUAACAAACAAGAAAGGUUCUUGGUGCGAAAUUUCUGCAUACAAAUGGGCCUAGCCGAAGUGACCGGAAGACGGUGUCAGAAUGUUUUAUCAACAGUUGAGAGAUGAGCCCAGUGUCACUCUUAUUCCAUUUAAAUCCUUCCGUCAUAUAAUAUUUUUUUGCUUACCAAAUAUCGCAGCAUAGCUUCUCCGGUACGCAGUUGUACGUCGCCUACACCAGAAGCCCUCUAGUCGAAAUUUUCCUGAAAAUGAGCCUAUCUAUUCUGCAAAAUAUUGAAUGAUAUCUGUGUGUAAAAACCCCAUCCGUCGUAUUCUGGUAUGCCUAAUUCAGCCUGAAUGCUCUCUUAAGCUUUAUUGGUAUUUAAUCUUGUAUCUGGCACGGAUCUGUGAAUAUGGAUUACUGAAACAAUUAGAGUUAAUUUCCCAGACAUUUAAUGGGGGUUCUUAUUUGCGCCAUAAGUCAAAAACUUUUGUAACCUCUGUUUACAAGAAGCUGUGUAUCUCCAAAUAUUACAAACUUUGUAGCAGGUACAUGCUCAGCUGGUACACAUAAGUUAAACAACCAACCGACAUCCCGAAAGUAACCGUAUGACGUUUGGUCAGUUUUUAUUGGUUUUUCUGUUUUCUUCGGCCUCGAUUAUGUUUUAGCAUCUAAUUAGUCGACAGAUGCGACGAAUGCCCUGCAUCGUUGGUCGGCGGUUCAGACAAAAACCAUUGAGUCUGUUAACAUCUUUUUUUUACAAUGACGCCUUACUUUUCGGAACAUCACUUCGGAGUGUCUUGCGUAAUUGAAUUGUAUUUUUUGAAUUUGUGGCCAUUUCUGGUCAAGCGGACACGUCCGUCGAGCAGGAUCACACGGACGAGUCGUCCGCCGAUGUCGACGCCAAAGUUUCUUCCGGUGAACAAACGACAGUUCGUGUAUCAGGCGGGGCAGCUACUGAGGAUGUCGACGAAGACAAAACGAGCGUUGCAGAGGAUCCAGUCUCUGCCGUUGUUGACCAAAAAUUACCGGAUCAAAGAAACCAGGUGCACGAGGAACCGAUGCAACUCACACAAGGCCAAGGUGUCUCGGAGGAAGGGCCUGACUUGACGCCAUCACAUUCCCUGCCGGACAAUUCAAAUGGACGGGGCAUAGAAGCUGACGGUUAGUGACCUUCUUUUUAUCGCUCAUUUGCCCUCACGGUAGAAAACUGCAAGGAUGAUGGCACUUCGUAGGUUUGGCAUAAAUAAAUGAACAACCAUGAAGUCGUCGAAACAGUAAUAACGACAUAGGAAUCCAGUUCCAUGAAACUAGUGAAGUGAAAUAACUUUAAGUUCAGUGGAUAAAUCGUGUUGAUUUCACACUUUUAAACAGCAAAACUAGGCGAAAACUAAGACAGAUGUUUGUAUGGCUUAAAUAUAAAUCAAAACAAUGAUAGGGGGCACUCACCGAUCGUUCAUACGGAACUCACUCGUUCCGUUGUACCUUAAGGGUACAACGACAAAGACAAAGACAAGGGACAAGACAUUCUGCCUAUAUAUCAUGCGCCGCUGUGCGGCUGCUGGUUGGGCUCGAGAGAGAGCCCUUAAGGCACAGCGGAACGAGUGAGUUCCGUAUCCACGAUCGGUGAGCGUCCCCUAACAUUGUAUAUUCCCGAUCGAAAACCGACAGGGCAACGGGCUCGUGACCCGGUGAGUAGAGGCGUUGACUUCUAAACCAACAGGUCGCGAGUUCGAGGCUCGGGUGUUCCACACUUCGGGCUUGGGUAUGGCUGGCUGACGACGGCUAAUAAGCCAGAAGUGGCCGUUCCGGUCUCCCUUGUCUUUGUCGGUAAUACCAUUCUGCCUAUAAAUCAAAACUUUUACGCCAUGCGGAAGUCCAUAUAAGUCCUUACAAGUACAAGAAACCCCAUAUUAACUCUAAAUUAGACGAUACGUGGGCAUCAUUGAACCUAUGACACAAAGUGCGUAAGAAUGUAUAUUUACUAUUUGAAAAACGCGCAAAGGAUGAGUCGCGUCUGUAAAGAAUAGCAUAGAGGCUGCUCAUGUAGCCUGAGGCGUGCCAUCGUGAAAGGCAGGCGAGCGUACCUUGGGGAGUUUACAAAUGGACUCAGUUUGUGGACAUCCUAACAACAAUUGCUUGAUUUUCGGUUAGUCCUCCAGAGGUGCUGAUGGUAAAACGAUCGGCCACUGUCCCACGAAUGAAACGGCAUUUUCCACUGAAAGUGCCCUUUUUGGAAAUUGAUAGUUGGAGUUAGGUAGGAAAACAAAAAUGUCGACAGCGAUGAGGGUCGGAAAAUUGUAAAAAUAAGUUUCCCCGAAUUUACUACCGUUGGCCCAUGGGGUUAUAUAACAGUGUUUUGGCCCGCCAAAUACUCUUCCCCUUUAUGGCAUCAGAGAACUCGAGUACUCUAAUGGCGCCAAAUAGCAAUAACGCGACUGACGUCGACGGACAGAGAAAAGUACGCCUUAGUUUUGAAAACAGUUAUUUAGGAUUUUCAUCAAAACCGUCUUGCAUCCACCGUAGUUAGAAUACAUAUAAACGAAUAACAGGAGAGUAAACGACUUUCCAUAAAAAUGUUUAGCUACUAGUGGGACAGUCAAAGUCUCCGGAAAUGAAUUAGAGACUUAAGAUGCGAGAAAUGCUCAUACGGAUAUGCAGAUUGAUAUUGCCGACAAUGACAAGGGAGGCUGGAAUGGCCAUUUUUAGCUUAUUGGCCGUCUUCACCCAGUCGUACACAACCCAGAAGUGUGAAACCCCUGGGGUUUGAACCCGCGACCUGUUGGUUGGAAUCCCACCGCCUCUGACCACUGAGCCACUGGCUCGUUGUUCGGCUGGUUGCGGUCGAAAAUAUUCAAUGGUAGUGGGGUGCUCACCGAUCGUUUUUAGGGAACUCACUCGUCCUGUGGUGCCUCACGGGCUCUCUUUCGAGCCCAAUCAGCAGCCGCACAACGGUGCAUGAUAUAUAGGCAGUAUGUUAUUACCGACAAAGGCAACAGGGGCUGACAUGGCCAUUUCUGGCUUAUUGGUCGCCGCUAGACCGUCAUACCCAACUUCGAACUGUCGAGCAUCUGGGGCUCGAUCCCGAGACCUGUUGGUAAGACGUCCAACGCCUCUAACCACUGAGCCACCGUCGCCCGUAACACGAUCGCUGAGCUCCCUUCUACCACUGGAUAUGCAGAAGCGCGACAAGUGAAAAUGCCGAAGGCCACAUCGAAUGGAACGGAAAGACUUUGCAGCAAUGAAUUCGGAAAACACCUACCAGACUCCAAUCAGCAAAUUAGCUGACCGUUGUGAAAUGUCGUUGUGCAUUAAUAUUGACUGGAAGAGCCAAAGAAACGUUUACAGCAGAUAAACGUAUUUGUAGAACGCAUCUAAACCAAAACGGGAAACAAAACAAAACAAUAAAAGUAUAGAUGCGAAAGGAACAGGAACGUACAGUGUAAUAAACAAAUCUUCGAAUCGUGUUAAAAUGGAUUUCGACAGGAAGGAAGAGUAGGAAAUUUGAAAGGAGAGUAACACCAAGAAUGCCAAAGUAUUCAGGAAGCGAAAGUGGUCGCAGUCAAAGCACCUUCGCAACAGAUUUCGGGUUGUAAAUUAGCAGAUAAUUUUCCAAUGAUAAUACGGAGAAAUCAUCCAAAUCAUCCUUCAGGAACUUGAAGUGAAUGUGAUUUUAGUAGGGUGAUCUCGGCAGUUUGUCCGUCGUUACCGACGAUGUCCUCCGUGUGCACCACAAAGGUAAGCACAGAGACGACGACUGCGGAGAGAUCAGGUGCGGUUGCUGACAAACAACCGUCUACGCAUGACACACACAUGAUGGGUUGGGUCCCACAUAAGUAGGGGUACCAUAGGGACUGCCUGAGAAAGAGGCUAUUGCAGCAUCCUCCUUCGUUUCCACAGGCAAACAGGUUUAUCCCGUCGGUUAAAAACCUUUCCGUCCACGGAUAGUAAUGCAUCGUCAUAGGCAAAAGGUGCGUCAGGUUGUUUGAUGUGAGGCAUAUGCGCUGAAAGUCAUGGAAAUCGGGUCCUCAAAGUCGACCUCAACGUUUAUCAGGCACCAGCCAACUGUCCAAACCGACCAGCCAUCUGUUGUGGAGAUUGGGCGCAAGUAGCCUACAUGGCAUGCGGCUGCACCUAGGCGUGCCAUGACACCUCGGUGUGUGUGUGUGUGUGGCAUUCUUUACGGUUACGCAGCCAAAUUAACGCUGGUCUUACCGGUAUGUUAUUACGUACAAAGACGAGGGAGACUGGAAUUGCCACUUCUGGCUUUUCUGCCGUCGUCAGCCAGUCAUACUCAACCCCGAAGUUUGGAACACCCGAGGCUCGAACUCGCAACCUGGUUGUUAGAAGUCCACGCCUCUAACCACUGGGCCGCGAGCCCGUUGCCUUGCUGGUUUCGAUCGGGAAUAUACAAUGAUAGGGGGCACUCACCGAUCUUACCGCUGGUCUUACCCCAUAUUGGUCUAACGCAGCUCCCGCAUGGCCCGUUGACGGAGACACAUUAGAUGGCUAACAACCGUAUUGAUAUCAACCGGUCAAAAAGCCCUUGUUGCUGACCUUAUAUUAACCCACAAAGUUUUCUCUGCUUUAUACUAAGCAUCAAGAUUCUUGAGUCUUCUAGCGCACAGGGAUGACGUUCUCUGAUGUAGCCUACAUAUCGGAUGAACUACGAGCAUUUGCCUUGGAGAAAGUUUGAUCUCAUAAGGCUGAGCAGUCGAUUAUUCAUGGUUAUUUACGGUAUACUAGCUGAAGUCAGCCAGAGGACGUUGAACGAUUCGGUACCAGUUAUUCCCAUAAACCGCUUCACCUCGGAGAAGCGUAUAAAUUUUCAAAAUACAGGGCCGUAUAUGCAAAUGAACAGGAUGGGAAAUUACUGUCGUUUUUGACGAAUGAUGAUCUGACGGGUAAUUUGCUAGCAAUGACGAAUCGUUCAGUGAUUGCCUCCGAGAGGAAACGACAAAGCACCUAGACAAUCAUUUUCGAUUGCAAGCCUCCAUUUGUUGCAAAAUAGUGGCUGCCUUUGAAUACCCUCAGCGGCAAGGAAGGCCGAAUAAAUGGCAGGAAUAAGUUGUCCCAGUCCACCUGUAGCAUGCGUUAUCGGUGGUCAGAGCUCAAUUUGUUGACUGCGGUGUCAAACACCUGCAUGCAGAUCAACUUCAAACGCAUACAUUUCAUCUCAGUAGAAAAGUUGACAUAUCUUGCUGACCAUAGGUCAUUAAGUCACGGAUCAUAGACAUCCUCAAGCAUACAGUAAGCUUUCGCUGUUGUCGUGAGAUGUAGCGCGUAGAGGUGAUUCCCUUGAUGAUUAAAGUAAUAAUUAGUGGUAUCUUGCUUGGAGAAAAGACCUGCAGAUAUAACUUCCGUUGCUUAAAGAACGCCGUAAGAGAAAGUCAUGAUGGUGUUGGGUGACUAUGUAUGAUAUAUUAGCAGUCGUCAUUGAAGGCGGAUUUGAACUAUGUCUAGGAAGGAACGCCAAAUGAUACAGCAAUAGGUCUUUAAGUCAUCAUCGCCUCUGGUGAUAAUACUUUUCGAAUACAGUUUGGUGGAGAAUUUGUUCCGCUCAUCUCCUUAGGACCAGCAUAUUUGCCUAAUCAGCUCUCGAAUGCCCUCCAACCUCCAGAACGGAUUAAUCUCAGUGCAUAACUAAGUGUUUGGAGGCAUUUCUACCUCCGCAGUGGGCCUUCCAUUGACACCGGGCUUAUUUCCCUCCGCACACGUGUGCCGUUGGGAAUUUUGACGUCGCCCAGCACCUGAAUCCUGAUUGGCUGCCUUGUGAUUGUCACGUGUCCACGCGUGCACACUUAAGUCUUGCACACACCUACAAACUGUGAUCAGGGCGUAGUUGUCUCAGCGAACACCCAACCCUUGGUGGAGUUAAAUGGGGAACACGCAGGCAGAAAGUGGUUAGUUUUUUUAAAUUACUUAAUCAAUGAGUAAUACCUAAUGUGUCAUAUUUUUGUCGCGGUUGAUAUACGCGGAUUUAAAAUUGGCCCGUUAGGCCAAAUCCGGGAAAACUAAACGUAGAGUAGGUGGGCUUACUCAUGAAAUGUCAACCGAAAUUCCGAAACGAGUUUUCGUUUCGAAAAGAUUAAUUAAGUAGGGUUGUAAAAAUAGUCAGCCUGCGACAUAAUUCUAUAAUAAUUCAGUUACCUCAGGAUGCCGGCUUUCGAAUGAACUUCCUUCGGGCUGCAUGCAAAAAAUACACUCUGUAAAAAAUGACUACUUAUAUAUCAUGAAUUUUUCUCAUUAUUUUCGAUGCCCCUUAAAAGUCUAAUUAUAUUUCCUGGAAAACAUGCAUACAAAUAUUCAUUCUUACGCUCAUUCGGUAGAUAAUUACGUCUUCCUUUAAUUUAAUAUUCGAAGGAAGAGUGUAAUUUGGUUUUUAAAAACCUUUCUGAUUCCCGAAUAAUUUCGAACCUGUUCUACCGUUACACCUAGAUUCUGGGUUUUCAAGGUACAAGCCGAAUAUUUUUCGCGUACGGAAAACCACACAUUAUUUACGGUAUUAAGAGAGGACCAUAUAGGGUUCAUAAUAUUUAGCAGUGGAUUUGAUCCAUAAUGUUAACUUUACAAGCCACAUUGGUAAAUACAGAGAUACCACGUUUUAUGAACGGCCAUUUCACGGUAUUUAAAAGUCUCACAAUUAGAAACUUAUUUGAGACCGAAUCAUAAUCUUUCUUUGAGUGCAAAAUUGAAAAAAGACGUAAUUUUCUACUGAAGGAGCAAAAGAAUGAAUACUUUUAUGUAUGUUUUCAAUAAAAUAUAAUCAGACUUUUAGGGGCAUCGAAAAUAAUUAAAAAAUUCAUGAUACAUAAGUAGAUAUUUUUUACAGAGUGUAGUUUUUGCGUGCAGCCGGAAGGAAGUUCUUUCGAAAGCCGGCAUAUUGAAGUGACUGAAUUAUUAUAUAAUUAUGUUGCAGGCUGACUAGUUUUACAGCCAUACUUAAUAAACCUUUUAAAAAAGAAAACGCAUUUCAGAAUUUCGGUUGACAUUUCAUGAGUUAGCCCAACUACUGUAAAUUGUGUUUACAUACUCAAUAUCUUUUAGCCAUUAAACUCACAAAUAUCGUGAAAUCAAGCUUUGUGGAACGCUUCGCUUUUCAGUCAACGAUAACGAGGACAGUGCCUUAACGAGUGCACCAGAUCAAGUUGAAGACAAAGAAGAGGUCGAGGUAUUCAACAGAAAAGUUCUAAGUGAGUUUACAGAUGAACAAAAUGAUCGAUGUUCAGAAGCAAACGGUGAUCUGAGCACCCAUCAAGUGCAAGAUGAUUCCCGGGAAAGGGAUGACUCUCCUGUUGCCUCCGGGGAAGCAUCUACCAUUGGGGAAACGAACGAGAUAUCGGGCACAAUAAGAGAGACAGGUAAUCACGUUUUUAGUUCGAAACUUACUUAUCACUGAAGGAAAAUUUCAGCUGGUCUUUAAUCUUGCUCUGUGGUUUCACGUAGUCACUGACCUAUGCUGGAUUGCCUUAAGACUGAUUAGACUGUCUACAAUUGCUCAUAUGAAGGCGAAUUAGUGUAGGGUGAUUUCGCUGAAACAAAAACGUUUGCUAAGAUGUUCAUGUAUCCGGAAUCCGGGUCAAGUGCCCACUGCCAAAGUAGGGGCUUCACAGGCGAUGAAAGUCAAGUGUACUUGGUGUUGUCAAUUGUAGUGCUCAUAUGUUCAUUGGCCCUGAUUAAUCGUUGGCACCUGUUUGGUGCUGCUGGCGGCUAG